AGAGUCUGCGGCCCAAGAACGCAGGCUCCGUCUCCUCCCGCCAGGCUGAUGGUGCUCUCCGGGAUCGGAUCCUGGGAGCCCUUGAAUGCAGCGAACCCCGCGCACACCGGUAGGGGCGUCUGAGCUCGCGGAGCGGCUCCCGGGGAGGACGACGGGAACUUUGCUCGGCAGUCGCCGCGCAGGCGCUCUGGGUCCCGUCUGUUUGCCGUGGCGCUACGUGGGAGCGUCGCCGCGCAGUGCUCCGACCCGCCGGCAGCGGCGGAAAGAAGGGGGCGUGGCGGCCCAGCGGGAGAGGGGGCUGCUGAGAGUAAAUACUUGGCACCUCCAGCUGCCGGCUGAGGAGACAGAUGGAGCUCAAGUUGGGAGAUGCGCCUUAAGAACCAUUGACAGAAACAAGUCCAAAUCUCGGAUGUUGAUACUGUAUGUUCCCUGGGUUCCUGAGAGAGGACAUUGAGGAGUAGGAGUCGGUGAUUAAAGGAGAAGCCUCCCGUCAGAGGUUCCAGCAGUUUCCUCAUCAGAGGUGGACAAGCCCUAUGGGCUAAGACAGAGGGUCCUCAGAAAGGAGUGCAGACGUCGUCAUGCUGCAGCAGCUCCUGAUCACCCUGCCCACUGAGGCCAGCACCUGGGUGAAGUUGCAGCAUCCAAAGAAGGUUUUGGGGUGCAGAACAUGCAAGAUAGUUGCAGAACAUGUGCAGAACAUGCAAGAUAGUUGCAUAGUAGAGAUGGGGUUUCACCAUGUUGGCCAGGAUGGUCUUGAACUCUUGAUCUCAAGUGAUCUGCCUGCCUCAGCCUCCCAAAGUGCUGGGAUUACAGCUCUGCUACCUCAGGAUCCUCCCCAUGGAGAAAAUUUAGAGAGUAGAGUGACCCUUGGAUCCCCAGCAGCAGAAUCCCAGGAACUGUUAACCUUCAAAGACGUAUCUGUUGACUUCACUCAAGAGGAGUGGGGGCAGCUGGCCCCUGCUCACCGGAAUCUGUACCGGGAGGUGAUGCUGGAGAACUAUGGGAACCUGGUCUCAGUGGCAGGAUAUCAGCUUUCCAAACCUGGCCUGAUUUCUCAGUUGGAGAAAGGAGAAGAACCAUGGUUGAUGGAGAGAGAGAUUUCAGGAGUUCCAAGUUCAGACUUGGAGAGCAAAACAAAAACCAAAGAGUCAUUCUUACCGAAUGAUAUUUCAUGGGAAGAAUUACACUAUGGCCUAAUGAUGGAAAGAUCUACAAAAAGAAUCACCUUAUAUUCCACCUUGGGAAGAAUCUCCAACUGUAAUAAGCUAGAUAGCCAACAAGAGAACCAAAGAAUGGGUGAGGGGAAAAUCCCCCUGAUGAGCAAGAAAAGGUUUUCUCAGGAGAGAGGCCGAGAAUCUAACAGAUUUGAGAAAAGGAUUAACAUGAAGUCAGAAGUUAUGCCAGGAUCAAUAGGUCUUCCAAGAAAAAGAGAUCAUAAAUAUAACACAUCUGGAAAGAGAAGCAGAUACAACAUAGAUUUAGUUAAUCAUUCAAGGAGUUAUACAAAAAUGAAAACCUUUGAAUGUAAUAUUUGUGAAAAAAUCUUCAAACAGCUUAUUCACCUUACUGAACACAUGAGAAUUCAUACUGGGGAGAAACCUUUCAGAUGUAAGGAAUGUGGAAAAGCCUUUAGCCAGAGUUCAUCUCUUAUUCCACAUCAGAGAAUUCAUACUGGUGAGAAACCCUAUGAAUGUAAGGAAUGUGGGAAAACCUUCAGACAUCCUUCAUCUCUUACUCAACAUGUUAGAAUUCAUACUGGGGAGAAGCCCUAUGAAUGUAGGGUAUGUGAGAAAACCUUCAGCCAGAGCAUUGGACUGAUCCAGCAUUUGAGAACUCAUGUUAGAGAGAAACCUUUUACAUGCAAAGACUGUGGAAAAGCAUUUUUCCAGAUUAGACACCUUAGGCAACAUGAGAUUAUUCAUACUGGUGUGAAACCCUAUAUUUGUAAUGUAUGUAGUAAAACCUUCAGCCAUAGCACAUACCUAACUCAACACCAGAGAACUCAUACUGGAGAAAGACCAUAUAAAUGUAAAGAAUGUGGGAAAGCCUUUAGCCAGAGAAUACAUCUUUCUAUCCAUCAGAGAGUUCAUACUGGAGUAAAACCUUAUGAAUGCAGUCAUUGUGGGAAAGCCUUUAGGCAUGAUUCUUCCUUUGCUAAACAUCAGAGAAUUCAUACUGGAGAAAAACCUUAUGAUUGUAAUGAGUGUGGAAAAGCCUUCAGCUGUAGUUCAUCACUUAUUAGACACUGCAAAACACAUUUAAGAAAUACCUUCAGUGAUGUUGUGUGAAAUAUACUUAACAUCAAAGAACCUUUGUUGGAGCAAAAGAUUCUAAAUCAGUGGUUCACUGAUUUUUGGAUUUCCAAAAACAUUAAAAAAAUGGUUUGGCACAAUAUUACCAACUAUUAAUUUUGCCAUAUUAAAAACAACCACCUAUUAUCAGCAUUAUUUCAGAAAAGAAAGGACUUUUUAAUAUUUUUAAAGGUAGGAAACAGUUCCUCCCCCUCCCUUUUUUAAAAGACCGUUUCACUCUUGCCCAGGCUGGAGUGCAGUGAUGUAAUCAUAAUUCACUGCAGCCUCAAACUCCUAGGCUCAAGCAGUCUUCCUGCCUCAGCUUUCCAAGUAGCUAGGACUACAGAUGUGUACCACUAUGCCUGGCUAAUUUAUUAUGAUUAUUUUGUAGAGACAGUCUCACUGUGUUGCUAGGCUGGUCUCAAACUCCCAGCCCCAAGCAGUUUUCCCAUCUCAGUCUCCCAAUAUGCUGCGAUUACAGACAUGAGCCACCAUGUUUGGCCAGGAGCAGCACUUUAUAUUACGUCAGCUUUAUGUCAAAUUCCCACAUUUGUCUUUACUUUUCUCAGUUCACUAUGUGCCAGUGAAAAUUUCAUAGCAUGUUAGUGAUAUGUGGAUUGACUUUCAAGAAACACUUUUAAAUAUCCCUUUAAUAAAUCAGAAUAAAAUAUAGUACAGCCUUUUACUAUAGCCCUUUUUAUGGCUAGAAGAUGUAGAAAUUAAAUAUUGAUUAUCUCAUUUCUAGAAGAAUAAAGGGAGAUUUCUAGAAUUGAUAGAUAACUUACUGUACAUGAGAUAAUUAUAUUUAAUGGUUUUCUAUAGAGCAAGAAUUUGCAAAGUUUCUGUAAAGGGCCAAAUAGUAAAUAUGUUAGGUGUGGUGGUCCAUGUGGUCCCUGUCACAACUAUUUGACUUUCCCAUUUUAGUAAAGAAAUAGCCAGAGACAAUAUAUAAAAUAGAAUAUCUGAACCUUGGCACUGCCAAUAUUUUGGACUGGAUAAUACUUUGCUAUAGGAAGCUGUCCUGUGCAUCCUGAGAUGUGUAGGGUCAUCCUUGGCUUCUACCCACAAGAUGCCAGCAUUCAAUGCUGAUAGCUGCCCCUCCCCCAGUGUGACAGCCAAAAAUGUCUCCAGACAUUGCCAGGUAUACCUGGAGGCCAAAGUUGCCCCUGGUUGAGAACCAGUGAUGAAGAUGUGCAAUAGUGGUUCCCAUAAACUGCAUUUAAAAAACAGCUGUUAGGUUUCGUUUGGCCCAAGGGCUGUCAUUUUUCACUCUCCCACCAAUAGUAUGUAAAAUUAUUAAAAAUGACAACAGACUAACAUUUAGGGUCAGAUUAGUAUGUGUAUAUGCUAUAAAUUCCUUAGCAACUCCUUUAGUAUUUUGUUGAAAUAAUUAUUUAAACAUUACAUUUGUAAUGCUGUCUUGGAGCCUAGGAAUUAUUUUUGAAGAUAUUUAUGCAGACUUCCAUCUAUAAUGAUGGAUUUUUUUAUUGUUGUUAAUCCAUAAAUAUUUUGAAUGUAUCUAAAAACAUCUUUGAAAACAUAACCACAAUGCCAUUGUUAUACCUAUACAAAUUAACCACAAUUCCUUAAAACAUAAUGAUGCCUUUUUGAAGAGAGAUUUAUUGACAAAUCAUUCUGAGGAGAAACCUUUCAGAUAACUUUAUUUUAAGUUUUCCUUUGGCAAGCAUACAAUAUUAGAUUUGAAAUGUGCUUUAUAUCAAGUGGAAAUGUCUCUUAAGAUAGCCCCUAGAACAACACAUCAAGAGGCCCAUCAAAGAGGACCAGAGAAAGGUGACUGCCAGAGACAUACUCAGACAGCGAAAUAUGGGAAGUGGAGGAAUUGACUCCUAAUGCUUCACUAUACUUAAUGAAAUAGAUAGUUCAUCCUUACAGACAUAAUUGGAAGUAAGUGAAGUUUAACUUUUUACUGUUUUAUGUGGAGAUAGAACAAACAGUUCAGUCACCCGAGUAUUGUCAAUGUGAGCUAUCUAAAGCUGUAAAUCCAGAAUAUAUACCAGUAUCUCUAGAAUUUUUUCUGUUACUACAUUUACUUAAAAAAAGCUGGCCUCCAACUCUUAAGUCCUGCAUAACACUGAUGGGCAGAAAAAGAGUGGGGAUAUACACUGUUGGUUAAAAUUGUUCUACCAUGUUUCUGUGGUCUUAGAUUUCCCAAGAAUUUGAAUUUCUCCAGUUGCUUCUUUCCCUGAAAGAUAUGACUAUGACUUUUCUCUAUAGCUCCUGCCUCAAUGAUCUCAUACAGUCUUUGGCUUAAAAUACCAUCUGUGUUUAACAACUGCCAGAUUUGCAUCUCUAGCCAGGACCUCUCCCAAACUCCAGCCUUGUUCUAACCUUUGGGCCAUUUCACUGGCUGUUGCAGAUGUCCUAUACCCUUACCUUCUCCUCCUUGCUCAAUUGUUGCCUUCUUACUGAAGCCUCUCCUGUCCACACUGUUUAAUACUGCAGAUACUUUCCAGAUUGAGAAAUCCAUACCCCCUUCACCUGCUCUAUGUUUUUUGUUUCAUAUAUCACCUUCUAACACCCUAGAUACUUUACAUGUUUGAGUUUAUUGUUUACUGUUGUUUCCCCCUGCUAUAAUGUAAGCUCCAUGGGGGCAGAGGUCUUGUUCACUGAUGUAUCACAAGUGCCUAAAACAGUGCCUGGCACACAGAAGGGACUCAGUAAAUAUGUAUUGUUUUGAAUUGAACUGAAUUGAACUAUGAAUCCAUGAUGAAAAUAAAGAAAUGCAAUCCAUAUACUUUCCUACCUACAUUUUACAUGUGAGGAAAUCUUAUUUUUUGUUUCCUUUUCCUUUUCUUUGCAAGUUGACAAAUAUUUAUAUACCUCUGAGAACCAUAACCCACAUAGUUUAAGAUAAAAGAGUAUUUCUAUGUUAAUUUGUUUUGGUUGUUUUUGUUUGUUUGUUUGUUUGUUGAGACAGGGUCUUACUCUGUUGCCCAGGCUGGAGUGCAGUGGCAUGAUCAUGGCUCACUGCAGCCUCAACCUCCUGGGCUCAAGUGAUCUCCCACUUCAACCUCCUGAGUAGCUGAGACUACAGGCACAUACCACUACACCUGGCUAAUUUUUUAAUUUUUUGUAGGUUGGGGUUUUGCCAUGUUUCCCAGGCUGUUCUCAAACUCCUGAGCUCAGGCAAUCACCUGCAUCAGCCUCCAAAAGUUCUGGAAUUACAAGCGUGAGCCACUGUGCCCAGCCUAAUUUGUUUAAAAUGCAUUUAAAUAUGGCUGAGUAACAAUAUGAGUUUAUCUUCAUUUCAUGAACCUGAGUGCAUAAGCAAAAUAGAGCGUAUAAAAGAUAAUAGAGGAGAAUAUAGAAACAGACAUGAGAUGCCGACAAGUUUUUGGUAGGGAGAAAAUAGAAGAGUGGUUACUGACUUAGCAGAGUCUGCAGAAAAGUGUACUGGCACAAGGAUGUUCCUGGGAAGACAGAGGCCUUGGAAACAGUGGGCAUUAUGGAAGAAUGAGGGGUGAAAAUGGGGAUUCAUUGAAAUUCUAAAGUCAGAUCCUUAGACCCCCCUCACCUACCUGUACAGCUGACUAUUAUGCACACAUUCCUCCUUCAUGCCUUUCUUCAUCCUAUUACCCUUUCCUCAUUCCCAAGGAGACUAGAGGUUUAUUCUCUGGUGAAGGAACAGUCUCCCAAUGUGCUGAGAUUACAGACAUGAGCCACCAUGUCUAGUCAGGAACAUCCCUUUAUAUUAUAUCAACUUGAUGACACACUCCUAAAUUUGUUUUUACUUUUCUCACUUAACUAUGUGCCAGUAAAAUAUUUCAUGGCAUGUUAGUGAUCUGUGAAUUGACUUUGGUGUCCCUGAUUCCAGAGCUGUUCUAGAAUCAGGGACACCAGACAAUAGAGACAGGUAAAAAUAUGGCUGAAAUGGGAACUGAUGUAAGGCAGCAUAUUGAACUGUUGAAGGGUGCCCUCAGCACCCUUUUCUAGUGAAAGCCAGGUUUUCAUGCCUUCAACCAUCUUCCAGCCAACCUCAGCAGGAGAUUGGAGGAAUCCUCUAGAGAAACUGGUUGGCAGGCUGGGCAUGGUGGCUCAUGCCUGUAAUCCUAGCAUUUUGGGAGGCUGAGGCUGGUAGAUUUUCUCAGCUCAGAAAUUCAAGACCAGCCUGGGCAACAUGGUAAAACCCCAUCUCUACCACAAACACAAAAAUUUAACUAGGCAUGGUGGCAUGCACCUGUGGUCCCAGCUACUCAGGAGGCUGAGGUAGGAGGAUUGUUUGAGCCUGGAAGGCAGAGGUUGCAGUGAGCCAAGAUUGCUUUACUGCACUUCAACCUAGAUGACAGAGUGAGACUCCAUCUCUAAAAAAAUAAAAAGACAAAGAAAAAGAAACCGGAUGGCUCCAAAGAAAAGGAACUGACAUUUGUGAAUAUUUCAGGGAAACAUCAAGGCCAAUUUAUUAUAUUAGUCUGCUUUCACACUGCUAUAAAGAAAUACUCAAGACUGGGUAAUUUAUAAAGGAAAGAGGUUUCAUUGACUCACAGUUACACAUGCCUGGGGACGUCUCAGGAAACUUGCAAUCAUGGCAGAAGGAGAAGGAGAAGCAGAUUCUUCAAAAAGUGGCAGGAGAGAGAAAAGUGAAGGAGGGACUUCCAAACACAUAAAACCAUCAGAUCUCAUGGGAACUUACUUCCACAGGAACAGCAUGGGGGAAACUGCCCCUGUGAUCCAAUCACCUUUCUCCCUUGACACAUGGGGAUUAUAAACUGAGAUGAGAUUUGGGUGGGGACACUGAGCCAAGCCAUAUCAAUGGCCUAAACACCCUGCAUGUAAAGACCAAGCUUCCAGUCUCCAUAAAGAGAAGAAGAAAUGAAAGGUAGGAAAUACAUAUACAUAAGACAGUUUUUCAGAAUCAAAGGACACAAAUCUUAGAUUAAAAGGGUCCUCUGUCUGCCCAGCACAGUGGUUACCAGUAGCUAACACUUAUCAUUAAUUUACAAUGUGCCAGACACUGUUCUAAGUGCUUUAUACAUGUCAACUAAUUUAAUUCUCAAAAUCCUCUGAAGUGAGUGCUAAUAUUAUUCCCAUUUCACAGAUGAGGAGAUAGAGACAUAUAUAAGUUAAGCAAAUAAGGACACCCAAGUAGUAAAUGGCAGAUCUGGGAUAUGAAUCCAGGCAAUCUGAUUCCCAAAAGAACCCACAUCAAGGAACAUAAUUAUGAAGUACUAAAUACACAGAGAAAAGGCUUCUGGGCCAAGAUGAUAGGUCAUUUGCCUUUAUGUGAAGCAGAAAAAGCUUUAGACUUCUCACAGCAAUAAUCAAGCAAUGUCUUCAAAAUGUUGAGAAAAUGGGCAGGGCACAGUAACUCAUGCCUGUAAUCCCAACACUGGGAGGCCGAGGCAGGAAGAUCAUUUGAGGGCAGGAGUUUGAGACCAGCCUGAGAAACACAUUGAGAUCCUGUCUCUACAAAAAAUAGAAAAAUUGUCUGGCUGUGGUGGCAUGUGCCUGUCAUCCUAGCUGCUCUGGAGGCUGACGCAGGAGGAUGGCUUGAUCCCAGGCAUUUGAGGCUGCAGUGAACCAUGGUCACACCACUGCACUCUAGCCUGGGCAACAGAGUGAAACCCUGUCUCUUAAAAAAAAGGAUUUCUUGAGAAAAUGACUUUCAGCCUAGAGUUCUAGGCCCAGCUAACUACCAAUCAAGUGUGAGGGCAAAAUAAAGACAUUCGAUAGGCCAGAUGUCAAAAUGUACCUUCUCUGCACCUUUCCUUAGAAAACUGCAGGAGGACGUCCUCUAUCAAGACAAGGGAGUAAACAACAAAAAGAGAGGCAGUCGGGCUGGGCGCGGUGGCUCACGCCUGUAAUCCCAGCACUUUGGGAGGCCGAGGCAGGUGGAUCACGAGGUCAAGAGAUCGAGACCAUCCUGGUCAACAUGGUGAAACCCCGUCUCUACUAAAAAUACAAAAAACUAGCUGGGCACGGUGGUGUGUGCCUGUAAUCCCAGCUACUCAGGAGGCUGAGGCAGGAGAAUUGCCUGAACCCAGGAGGCGGAGGUUGCAGUGAGCCGAGAUCGCGCCACUGCACUCCAGCCUGGGUAACAAGAGCGAAACUCCUUCUCACACACACACACACACACACAAAAAAAAAAAAAAAAAAAAGAGAGAGAGCAGUCAAAGGAUCCAGAGAACAAGUGAUUCUAACCAGGAGGGCAGAAAAUAGAUUCAAUUUCUAUACUCAUGAAGUGAAAUAAUUAAUACUUAGUAUCUGGGAUUCACAUAAAAAUAUUCCUAAGAUAGACACUUAUUUUAAUUUCUUUCCAGUUUUAUUUGUGUGUCAUUCAAUUUUUACAUUUUAAAAUAUUUAACUUAUCACUUCAUACAGAAUUUUUUUUCAUCUAUCAAAUUUUAGAGUAUCUUCGUGUUUCAUUUUCUCAGAAUAUUUUUCUGACUUUUCUGGAUGUUAGCAUAACUGAUAAGGUUAUUUCCUAUAUUCUGAGUUAGUGUCUUUGCAUCCAAUGCAAUUGAAGAUCUAAACAUUCCUUUUCUUUUCUUUUCCCUCUCUCGUUCUCUCUUUUGUUUUCUUUUUCUUUUUUUUUAAGAGAGAGUUUUGCUCUUGUCACCCAGGCUGGAAUGCAAUGGCAUGAUGUUGGCUCACUGCAACCUCUGCCUCCCAGGUUCAAGCAAUUCUUCUGCUUCAGCCUCCCGAGUAGCUGGGAUUACAGGAGCUGGGAUUACGGGCACCCACCACCACGCCUGGAUAAUUUUUGUAUUUUUAGUAGAGAAGGGGUUUCACCAUGUUGGCCAGGCUGGUCUUGAACUGCUAACCUCAGGUGGUCCACCCACCUCAGCCUUCAAAAAUGCUAGGAUUACAGGUGCGAGCACUCAGCCUAAACAUUUCUGCCUUCCAAAUUUCUAAUCAAUUAUCCAAAGACCCUGCAUUUUAUGUCAUCCCUUCUUAUUUGAUUGUAUAUGUCAAUAUACUCUAUAUACAUCUACAUAUAUGACCUCCUUAUUCAGAACUACAUCAUCCCUAUGCAGUGGGAUGGAGUUGUUUUUCACUCAAUAUUAUUUGAGUGAAAUAAAUACUGUCUUCAGGUCUUAAGCAUUUAUAGCAGAGUGGUAAAGAGCUUGAGCUCAUGAAUCAUUAAAAACUAUACUCAAAUCCCAGCUUGAUCACACCCUAUCUUUGUGAUCUUAGUCAACUUACUUAAUUUUUCUUAAUCUUAUUUUUCCAUUUGUAAAGAGGCAUUUAUAAUAGGCACUACAGCACAGGAUUAUUAUACCAGGCAUAGACAAUGACUCAAAAAUAAAAGCUACUAGUAUUGUAUUUUGUGUUUUUUACUUGUUAUGAAAAAGUAGAUGCUCAAUUAUGAAAGCACAGAGAUAUGUAAAGAAAACAAACAUAACAGAACCUAGAUAUUAGCCACUGUUAAAACUCGGAUGCAAAAAGACAAAUACUGUAUGAUUCUACUUAUAUGAGGUACUUGGGUAGUCACACUAGUAGAGACAGAAAGUAGCAUGGUGGCUGAGGGAAGAGGAAAAAGAAUUGUUGUUUAAUGGGUAUAAAGCUUUGUAUUUGCAAGAUGAAAUUCUAGAGAUCUGUUUCACAAUAAUGUGAACAUACUGAACACUACUAAACUGUACACUUAAAAAUGAUUAAGGCGGUAAGUUUUAUGUUAUGUGAUUUUUACCACAAUAAAAAAAAAUUCGGAGUGUGUAUUUCUUUCCAGCAGACACAUUUUAGUACCUAGUUCUAAAAAUUUCUUCAAACUCACUUGUGCUAAUGCCAUAUCAUCUCUUCACCAACCUUUACCAAUCACAUCCUCCUUUUCCUACCCAACUUUUGGUCAUGAUUUUGCAAUCACCCUCAACUCCAUAUAUGUAUGUUGCUAAGACUCAAAUUUAUAUUUCCAGUCCCAGAUCCUGUCUGCACUUCAGACUCCUAGUGCAUACUUGAUUCUUGGAUAUGUACUAGGCAUCUCAAAUUUAAUAGAUCCAUUUCUGAACCUGCUCUAUCCCCUGUAUUUCCUGCCUCAGUAAAUGGGAACGUUCCGUUGCCCAAGCUGAAAUUCCCAGAACCAUCCUUGACUCAUCUUUCUUUAACACUCUUCAUUCAACUCAUCAGAAAAUUCUGUGAGUUGAAUCUUCGAAAUAGAUCUUUUCUCAUCAUCUCCACUGCUACCACUUAGUCCAGUUCACUAUUCUCUCACUUGGCUUCCUGAACACUCGCACCGCCCCACAGUUUAUCAUCCUCCAGAUAGCAGCCAAAUGACUAUUAAAAUAUAAUUCAGAUUACUCUGUUUCUCAGUUCUAAAAUCUUCAAAGUCUUCCCACUUCUCUCAGAAUAGAUCCAACAUUCGUACCAUGGUUUGCCUCAAGGAAUCCUAAAUUUCUUGACAGUCCAUGAAUAUGCCCUCACAUGCUUUCACCUCGGGGCCUUUUUCUUCUGCUAAAAUGCUUGCUUUCUCCAGGUAUCAAUAGGGUCCAUUUCCUGAUUUCUUUUAGUUCUCUGUUCAAAUUGCAUCUUAUCAGAUGGAUGUUCCUUGAUUACUUUCUAUAAAACAGCUCCCACUUCCUAUAUUCUUUUGGAUUAAUUAUAUUUUAUUAUUCCUUUCCCCCUCUUUGCUAAUCUGAAGUUGCAUGCUCUGCUUCUGUUCUUUUAGUUCUGAAAGAUACAACAUGCAUUUUUUAAAAACCUUUAUUAAAUUACAAUAUUCAUACAGAAAAUUACAUGUGCAGAGAGAUAACUAUCUUGAUGAAUCCUCAAAAUUAAACAUACCUGUGUAACCAGCUCAUGGAUUAAGAACAGAAAUUAUAGCAUUCCAGAAGCUACCAGAGUCCCCCACAACUUCCAGUCACUACCCUUCAAAGGGUUACUUCUAAUACGAUAGAUUAAUUUCACCUGUUUUUGUACUUUUAAAUACUGGAAUCACACUGUGUGUAUUCUUUUGUGUCUGGCUUCUUUUUCUCAAAACUAAGUGAGCUUCAUCAAUAUUGUUGAUUAUUUUCAUUGCUGUGUAUACUUGAUUAUAUGACUAUACCAAUAUUUACCCAUUCUAGUGUUGAUGGGCUGCUAUGAACAUUCUAGUAUAUGUCUUUUAGGGAACACAUUUAUGCAUAUCUGUUGAGUAUAUACCCAGGGGCAGGAUUGCUGGGUCACAAUAUUCAGCUUCAGUAGAUACUGCCAAAUACUUUCCCAAAAUAGUUCUAUCAAUAUAUACUCACCAGCAGUAUCUGAAAAAUCUAGUCCUUAAUUUUAAUCUAUGUUAAUGUAUCACUUUUUCUUUAUGUUUAGUACUUUGUAUAAUAAGUCUGUGCCUAUAUUCGGGU